AUGGAAGGCCAAGAAACUAGUAGUUCGGAAACUCACCUCGAUUUUUCUGUUCUUCCGGAUGUUCCCCUUCUUCGGGUACUAGAUUACUUGCCAGGACUACAAAUUGAAAAAUGUCGGGGAAUUUCGCGGCUUUUUCAUGGACGUAUUGAUAUGAAUCGGAAAUCGCUGCCCACCGUACAAGUUGAGCCAACUGUCUUCAUCACGAUUUUCUUCAAAGACCGCAAGCCAUGCUGGCGAAGGUAUGGAGCUGCUCCAUUGAAGAAAGCACUCAAGAGAUUCGAUCACAUGUUUCCACGAAUGCAGGUUGAAAGUCUCCAUUUGGAGCUUGAGUAUUUCGACGACACCACGUUUCAUCAAUUGCUGAAGAGGUUUGAGGACUUCAACGUGAAAUGCAAGAAUCUUUUGUUUCGUGGUGAAAAUACCCCAUUGACAUCCUCAUUCUGGCAAGAUAAAUGCAUUCGAGAUUGUCGGGAGCUGUGUAUUUCGGCGAAAAAUGUGUCCUUUGAUGAUCAGGUGCUCUUGAAUUUUGCCUCUCUGAAUUACAUGCUUGGUCGCACUGCUUGUACAUUUAACGGAAUCGCCUCAUUUCUCAACGAAUGGAAAGCCGGAACCCGAGAAGUGACAAAGAUACGACUAUGGGUUCAAUCUGAUCUGAACAUCAGAGCGUUCUUUGCGAUGUUGUCUUGGAAUGUCAAAAUUCCAACGUCGGACUACGGCGAUGAUUUCGAGUAUCAUACAGUUAUUACGAAUUCCCUGGGCAAGAAGCUCGAGCUAUGGAUCGAGGAAAUCACGAAGACGAAGGACUUUUGUUUUGAGAUGAUGGACGACGACUACGACGAGGACUUGUACCCCAGUUGGGAGCCGAGUUGGAAUCCCGAUAAGUACCAGUAUGACGAUCGAUUACGGUUACGUGAUGCGCCGGCUCGCGAGUUUCUUGAUUUUUUUUGGUCGCUGUUUUCGGGGCGUUUGGAGACGAAUACAUGGCGUUUCACUCCUCUCUUUUUCUCCUCAUCCAAGAUGACUAACGAAUUCUCGUUCACUUUCCGGGCUGACGAUGCAGAAAUUGUCCCAAAAGUUAUCCCAGACGAUUACGGAGCGGGAAUGUUGUAUCUGAAGGGAAAACGAAAUUUCGAGAAAGUGAAAAGGUUUUGUAUU